ACCGAGGUUCCUCCGGAGCUUCCUGUCGCGCCGCCUCGCUUCUCUCGGUCGGUAGUUCGAUUCCGUGUCGGUGGUCGCGAUGGGUAAAGCGGAUUUUCUGUCCCCGAAGGCGAUAGGGAACCGGAUCAAGUCCAAAGGUCUCCAGAAGCUGCGCUGGUACUGUCAGAUGUGCCAGAAACAGUGUCGAGACGAGAAUGGAUUCAAGUGUCACUGCCUGUCCGAGUCCCACCAGCGGCAGCUGCUGCUCGCCUCCGAGGAUCCCAACAAGUUCAUGGACUUCUUCUCCGACGAGUUCAAGAAAGGCUUCCUGGAGCUGCUCAGCAGGAGGUUCGGAACCAAGCGAGUGCAAAACAACAUCGUGUACAACGAGUACAUCAGCGACCGGGAGCAUGUGCACAUGAACUCCACGCAGUGGGAGACGCUCACCGACUUCACCAAGUGGAUCGGCAGAGAAGGCUUCUGUAAAGUGGACGAGACGCCCAAAGGCUGGUACGUGCAGUACAUCGACCGCGACCCGGAGACCAUCCGGCGCCAGGAGGAGCAGGCGAGGAAGAAGAAGCAGGAGCUGGACGACGAGGAGCGCAGCGCCAGGUUCAUCGAGGAGCAGGUCCGCAGGGGCCUCGGCGACAAGGAGCCGGAGGAAAAUCCAGUUUUCACAGACCUGAAACGAGAGAGUGAAGAAGAGAAAGUUGCUUUCAACCUCGGAGCCUCGUCCUCUGUAGCUGGUCCUUCAAAAUCAAAAUCCAGUUCUGUCUUCGGGGCCACUGCAAAGAAAUCUGCAGUGUCGUCCUCGACCAAGAGGAAAGACGUGCCGUCCAGUUCCGACACCAGAUCGGAGAAGAAGAAGAAGAAGUCGGCUCUGGAGGAGAUCAUGGAGAUGGAGGAGAAGAAGAAGCAGUCGGUCCGGAUGGAUAAUUGGCUGCGGCCGAGCAUCGUGGUCAAAGUCGUCACCAAGAGGCUCGGAGAGAAGUACCACAAGAAGAAGGCCGUCAUCAUGGAGGUGCGAGACAAAUACGCAGCCGUGGUUAAACUGAUCGACUCCGGGGACAAGCUGAAGCUGGACCAGGCGCACGUGGAGACGGUGAUCCCGGCACCAGGUAAACGGGUUCUGAUCCUGAACGGUUCGUACAGAGACACCGAGGCUGUGCUGGAGGGCAUCGACGAGAAGAAGUUCUGCGCCACGCUCACGCUCGACUCGGGUCACCAGAAGGGAAAGACCGUGGAAGUCGCUUACGAGGAUUUCUCCAAACUGGCCUGAUCCAGAAAAAAACCUCCCAUUAAAAAACAAAACCUCAGGAACCCAUUUCGCUGAGGGACUCUACUGUGUCAGAGUUACUUACCCACAAUUCAGCUGAUCAUGUACAUAUCCUACAAUGCUUUUCCAGGGAGACGUGAGAGACCAAACAAAGAGCAAUGAGUUCAAUUUGUUUUGUUCUUUAUUUUUGGAUUGAUAUUCAAGUUGUCUUAACAUUGGAGAUGUAAAUUUUGUUCAAAUAAAUUCAACCUAAGUGAA